AUGAAUAGGGUGCUCUCUCAUAACCUGUACACUGUUCUGUGUAUUCCCCAUGAUCCAGUGGCGCUGGAGGAACAUUUCAGGGACGAUGAUGAUGGUCCAGUAUCAAGCCAAGGGUAUAUGCCAUAUCUCAACAAAUACAUCUUGGAUAAGGUAGAAGAAGGUGCUUUUGUCAAGGAGAGUUUUGACGAAUUGUGCUGGACGUUGACCGCAAAGAAGAAUUACAAGGCAAACCGGAAUGGGAACAGUGUUAUAUCCCAUGAAGAUGCGUUCAAGCUUUGGUGUCUGUUUAAUUUCUUAUCUGAAGACAAGUACCCUCUUGUCAUGGUUCCAGAUGAGGUGGAGUAUCUCCUGAAGAAGAUCUGCAUGGCGAUGAAUAUUGAACUCAACAGUGGGGAGCUAGAGGACUACCUUUCCCAAGAAGCCCAGCAACAGAGUGGCUUGACAGUCUGGCAAUUCUUGGAUUUGGUUAAUUCAGGCCGGUUCCUGCGUGGGAUUGAGCAAGAGGCCAUCAGUAUGGCUGUUGAAGAGGUCUACCAGGAAAUCAUUGGAGAUGUGCUCAAACAGGGCUAUCUGUGGAAGAAAGGUAAUCUGAGGCGAAACUGGUCUGAACGAUGGUUUACCCUGAAACCCAGCAAUCUCUCUUACUAUGUGAGUGAGGAACGGAAGGAGAAAAAGGGGAGCAUUUCUUUGGACAGAAAUUCGUGUGUGGAGAUUUUGCCAGACAGGGAUGGGAAACGGUGUAUGUUCUGUGUGAAAACAGCUUCUCGAACGUAUGAAAUGAGUGCCUCAGACACUAGACAGAGGCAAGAGUGGACACUUGCCAUCCAAAUGGCAAUCCGCCUACAGGCAGAAGGCAAGAAGUCUCUGCAUAAGGAUUUAAAACAGAAAAGGCGGGAACAACGAGAGCAACGAGAGCGGAAAAAGGCUGCCAAGGAAGAGGAGAUGCAGCGCCUGAAGCAACUGCAAGAGGAGAAGGAGCGCAAGCUGCAGGAGCUAGAAUUGUUGAAAGAAGCCCAACGGCAGGCAGAGCUUCUGCUCCAAGAGGAAGAGCAGCGGCGCAAGCAGCAGCAUGAGGAAAUGCAGAGGACACUAGAGAUACAACUGCAGGAAGCUGAACAGGCCCGUGCUUCCAUGCAAGCUGAAAUGGUUCUGAAAGAGGCGGAGGCAGAACGUCAGCGCAAGCGCAUCACAGAACUGGAGGAGAUGCAACAACGACUCCAAGAUGCCCUGCAGCAAGAGGUCAAAGCACGUCAGGAUGAAGAGUCUGUGCGAUAUGCACAAGCCAGGCUGUUGACUGAAGAGGAAGAAAAGAUGAAGCAGCUGAUGAAGCUGAAGGAGGAGCAAGAGGAGUACAUCAUCAAGGCCCAGCAUGAAAAGCUAGUCCUCAAGCAAGAGAUGGAAAACAAGAGCAAGUUUUUGGAAGAGGCCCAAAAACAGCUGGAAGAAGUGAGAGUGAAUAGAGAGAGGAUGGACCAGGAUGUCAUGUUGGCCCAUCGGAAGCUCCAACAAGCUAGCACGAAUGUAAAGCACUGGAAUGUCCAGAUGAAUCGACUGAUGCACCCCAUUGCACCAGGAGACAAGCGUACGAUGCUGAGUAGUGGAUUUUGUGGCUUCCAGCCAGCACUUCUGUCUAGGAGAGAUUCCUCCCUCAAACUGAAGCAGAGUCUGGAAAAGAAGAAAUCGGAUCCUGUGAAAAAUGGAAGCAAGGAAAAUGUAAACGGAGAGACUGAGAAACAGCUGCAGACUCCUGAUAAGGAUAAUCUUAGCACAGGAACCCUUGGUUAGCCACUGAAGACAGGCAGCCCCAAGUUGAAAUUUAAGGACCAGAAACUAAACCUAAUGACAGCUUAAAAAUUAUUAUAGAGUAUACAUAUCAAUACUGGACAGAUGCAAAGUAGAGAAGUAUGGUGAUGAUUCUACCUUAUUCUACUCUGGAAACAUGCUUAGAGCCCUAGAGCUGCACCUGAUGUAUAUAAGAUGGACAACAUGGAAGCUUCUUUAUCCAAAAUACAGAAGUGUGGUUCUUUGGUAUUGCGGUUCCCACUCUGUUUGGCCUCAGCCAUUGAAGAAAACUACUGGUCACACUGUA